GUGUGCAAUUGCCUCCUGCUUCAGAGCUACCUGAUCCGAAUACUAAGCAGAGCGAGUGCUGGGCUGAGUGUAAGACACUGAAGACACUGCAGAGAAAGGUGCUUAUUCCAGAGGCGUUACAAAACAUGGAGAUCAAAGACCAGGGAGCCCAAAUGGAGCCGCUGCUGCCUACGAGAAAUGAUGAAGAGGCAGUUGUGGAUAGAGGUGGAACUCGUUCUAUUCUCAAAACACAUUUUGAGAAAGAAGAUUUAGAAGGUCAUCGGACACUGUUUAUUGGAGUUCAUGUGCCUUUGGGAGGAAGAAAAAGCCAUCGACGUCACAGGCAUCGUGGUCAUAAACACAGAAAGAGAGACAGAGAGAAAGAUUCAGGAUUAGAGGAUGGAAGGGAAUCACCUUCCUUUGACACCCCAUCACAACGGGUACAGUUUAUUCUCGGAACUGAGGAUGAUGAUGAGGAACACAUUCCUCAUGACCUUUUCACAGAGCUAGAUGAGAUUUGCUGGCGUGAAAGUGAGGAUGCCGAGUGGCGAGAAACAGCCAGGUGGUUGAAGUUUGAAGAAGAUGUGGAAGAUGGAGGAGAAAGGUGGAGCAAGCCUUAUGUAGCUACUCUUUCAUUACACAGCUUGUUUGAGUUGAGAAGUUGUAUUCUUAAUGGAACCGUGCUGCUGGACAUGCAUGCCAACACUUUAGAAGAAAUUGCAGAUAUGGUCCUUGACCAACAAGUGAGCUCAGGUCAGCUCAAUGAAGAUGUGCGCCACAGGGUCCAUGAGGCACUGAUGAAGCAGCAUCACCACCAGAAUCAGAAAAAACUCACCAACAGGAUUCCUAUUGUUCGCUCCUUCGCUGAUAUUGGCAAGAAACAGUCAGAGCCAAAUUCCAUGGAUAAAAAUGCAGGUCAGGUUGUUUCUCCUCAGUCUGCUCCAGCCUGUGUUGAAAAUAAAAAUGAUGUGAGCAGAGAAAACAGCACUGUUGACUUUAGCAAGGGACUGGGAGGCCAACAAAAGGGGCAUACUAGUCCAUGUGGGAUGAAACAAAGGCAUGAAAAAGGACCUCCACACCAGCAAGAGAGAGAGGUUGAUCUGCAUUUUAUGAAAAAGAUUCCUCCAGGUGCUGAAGCUUCAAACAUCCUCGUUGGGGAACUGGAAUUCUUGGAUAGAACUGUAGUUGCGUUUGUCAGGUUGUCUCCAGCUGUAUUGCUUCAAGGACUGGCUGAAGUCCCAAUUCCAACCAGAUUUUUGUUCAUUCUUCUGGGACCCCUGGGAAAGGGUCAACAGUACCAUGAAAUUGGCAGAUCCAUUGCAACCUUAAUGACAGAUGAGGUAUUUCAUGAUGUUGCUUAUAAAGCUAAAGAUCGUAAUGACUUGGUAUCAGGAAUUGAUGAAUUUCUGGAUCAGGUUACAGUACUCCCUCCUGGAGAGUGGGAUCCAAGCAUUCGAAUAGAGCCUCCCAAAAAUGUCCCUUCCCAGGAGAAGAGGAAAAUUCCUGCUGUACCAAAUGGAACAGCAGCUCAUGGGGAAGCAGAGCCUCAUGGAGGCCACAGUGGACCUGAACUCCAGCGAACUGGAAGGAUUUUUGGGGGACUUAUUUUAGAUGUCAAAAGAAAAGCUCCAUACUUCUGGAGUGACUUCAGAGAUGCUUUCAGCCUGCAGUGCUUAGCAUCUUUUCUGUUUCUCUACUGCGCUUGUAUGUCUCCUGUCAUAACAUUUGGAGGACUGCUGGGAGAAGCAACUGAAGGUCGUAUAAGUGCAAUCGAAUCUCUCUUUGGAGCAUCCAUGACCGGGAUAGCCUAUUCUCUCUUUGGUGGACAGCCUCUUACUAUAUUAGGCAGUACAGGACCGGUUUUGGUGUUUGAGAAGAUUUUGUUUAAAUUUUGCAAAGAAUAUGGGUUGUCAUACCUAUCUUUAAGAGCUAGUAUUGGACUUUGGACUGCAACCCUGUGUAUCAUCCUUGUGGCCACUGAUGCAAGUUCCCUUGUCUGCUAUAUCACCCGGUUUACUGAAGAAGCUUUUGCUUCUCUUAUUUGCAUCAUUUUCAUUUACGAGGCCCUAGAGAAGUUGUUUGAACUCAGUGAAUCAUAUCCAAUCAACAUGCAUAAUGAUUUGGAACUGCUGACACAGUACUCGUGUAACUGUGUGGAACCACAUAAUCCCACUAACGAUACAUUGAAGGAGUGGAGGGAUUCCAAUAUUUCUGCCUCUGACAUAAUUUGGGAGAAUUUAACUGUGUCGGAAUGCAAAUCAUUGCAUGGCGAGUAUGUUGGACGAGCCUGUGGCCAUGAUCACCCGUACGUUCCAGAUGUUCUCUUUUGGUCAGUGAUCCUGUUCUUUUCCACAGUUACUCUGUCAGCCACUUUGAAGCAGUUCAAGACUAGCCGGUAUUUUCCAACAAAGGUUCGAUCCAUAGUCAGUGAUUUUGCUGUCUUUCUUACAAUUCUGUGUAUGGUUUUAAUUGACUAUGCCAUUGGAAUUCCAUCUCCAAAACUACAAGUACCAAGUGUUUUCAAGCCCACUAGAGAUGAUCGUGGCUGGUUUGUUACACCUUUAGGUCCAAAUCCAUGGUGGACAGUAAUAGCUGCUAUUAUUCCAGCUUUGCUUUGUACUAUUCUAAUUUUUAUGGACCAACAGAUUACAGCUGUCAUCAUCAACAGAAAAGAGCAUAAGCUAAAGAAAGGUUGUGGUUACCACCUGGAUCUGUUAAUGGUGGCUGUCAUGCUUGGGGUGUGCUCCAUCAUGGGCCUGCCGUGGUUUGUGGCUGCCACUGUCCUCUCUAUCACACAUGUCAACAGCCUAAAACUGGAAUCAGAAUGUUCAGCACCAGGAGAACAACCCAAAUUUCUUGGUAUUCGGGAGCAAAGGGUUACUGGUCUUAUGAUUUUUGUUCUUAUGGGUUCAUCCGUCUUUAUGACCAGUAUUCUAAAGUUUAUUCCCAUGCCAGUGCUAUAUGGAGUGUUUCUUUAUAUGGGUGCUUCAUCUCUAAAGGGAAUUCAGCUCUUUGAUAGAAUAAGGCUUUUCUGGAUGCCUGCAAAACAUCAACCAGAUUUUAUAUAUCUAAGGCACGUACCAUUGCGAAAAGUUCAUCUCUUCACAGUUAUUCAGAUGAGUUGCCUUGGCCUUUUGUGGAUAAUAAAAGUUUCAAGAGCUGCUAUUGUCUUUCCCAUGAUGGUGUUAGCUCUGGUAUUUGUAAGAAAGUUGAUGGACUUGUUAUUUACCAAAAGGGAACUCAGCUGGUUGGAUGAUUUAAUGCCUGAGAGUAAGAAAAAGAAACUAGAAGAUGCUGAAAAAGAAGAAGAACAAAGUAUGCUAGCUAUGGAAGAUGAGGGCACUGUACAACUCCCACUGGAAGGGCACUAUAGAGAUGAUCCAUCUGUGAUCAAUAUUUCUGAUGAAAUGUCAAAGACUGCCUUGUGGAGGAACCUUCUGAUUACUGCUGAUAACUCAAAAGAUAAGGAGUCAAGCUUUCCUUCCAAAAGCACUGAAGGCCGAAAAGAGAAGAAAGCUGACUCAGGGAAAGGUGUUGACAGGGAGACUUGUCUAUGACUUGAUCUUCAAUUUAUUUUUUACAAAUAUAUGAGAAGAGUGCCACAAUUAUUAAUAAACCUGCUUUGAUCAUGUAUUGUAAAUUCUGUCUUCCCAAAUCUACCUUCAUACUGUAAGUAGUGCAAUACUUGUUUCAUUUCUGUGUUUAAACUUCUGAGCAGUGAGACACCCCUUGUGAGCCUAUUCAGUAGCUGAUGCAGGAAUCUGUGUGUUUCUUGCUAUAUGUUCGACAUUGGUAAACACUGGAUUCUCAUCAUCAGUUUCAUUCUUUCUUAAAGAAUUAGGUCAUAUUUAUCUAGUUUGUAUUUUCCUACUUUAGCGACUUGAUAAUUUCAUUCAGAAGAAUUUUGAAAGGCAGUCUUACUUCUUUUUAUUUUUAUAGCUUAGCAUUAGUGAGUUAUUUCAGGAGACCCAAAUGAAAAAGUUAGCUUGAAAGCUUUUUUAAAUAAUUGUAUUUAUGCAUUUCCUGGAUUUAAUAUGAUGCAUUUAAUACUUAAGAAUUUAUAUGGAAUUAAAACUUAAAGUCAUUUGCAAAAAUAUAUAGAAAACUGUUCACAACUUGUUAGAAAGAAUCACAGACACUAAUGCAAGGAGUCAAGUAGUAUUUGCUUAAAAUUCAAGUUUGAUUAUAUGAUCAACUAUGAGGCUUGUCUGAAAUGCUUUAGAAAAUCUUUAUAAGUUUAAUGGGAUUUUCAGUAUAAACUUUUAUCAGAAAUAUGGUGUUAAAUUUCUCUCCCAUUGACAAGAAAUGUUUUCCAGAAAAACCUGUUGUAUACAAACUCGUGGAAUACUACAUGGUCAAUCAUUGUACAUGAAAUUCCAUUCCUGUACAUUUAUUCUGCUGCUAAUGACCAUGCAGUGUUUAGUGCUGGUUUCUGAAUCAUAUUCUUAGACUGACGGUUCUCCAAUUGUAAUUGUUUUCUGCAAAGCUCUUUUCCACUUUUUAAUUAAAUGCAUGUUGUGGAAAAAUAUCUUUUAAAUGAAAAUCUCAGCUUCUGUUCGAGAAGAUUCUGUGGAUAUUUCAGUUCAUAUGAAGUAAUCCAUACUUACUAAGCUUACAUAAGAGGAAGGAAAGUUGAGCAUUACAAAAAAAUACAAUAUUUCAUUUCAUUCUAGAUGAACGUGAAGUUGAUAAGGACUAGCUCUCAUAAUGCUCUUGGUUCCUAAGAAUGACCAGUGAUCAACCUUAUAAUAUUUCAGUAUCAAAUUUUACAAUAAUUCAGCAUCCUGUGGCUUUUCCAAGUUAUUAAUUACUUACUCUGAGUUAAGUGCACAUGAAAAGUGAAAAAAAAAUCCUCUUGUAAAUUAAGCUAAUAAGGGGAAAAAAAACAACAAAACCUCCAUUCAAUUCAACAUUUUGAUACCUUCUGAAAAAUUCCCCUCACAAGCCUUUAGGGAGUCAUAUUUUUAUGGAACAUAAGCCUAAAAAAUAGGGGAAGAAGAUUUUGCAAUUAAUAAAGUUUGUAUUUAUAAAUGCCAAGGAAAAAUACCGAAACUUUCCAUUCCAAAUGUGUUGCCUUUGUGUAUUUUAUAAUAUAGAUACUCCAUUGUAAACAUUUUCAUUGUUUUAUGAUUUAGACUAGCUGUACAUGCCAGUCAGGCCCCAAAGCAGUCUCCUAGAGUUUUAAUAUAUUAAUAACUGUUCUCUUAAAAUGAUCAUAGUGAACUAAAAUCCUCACAUGAUCACCUCUUUGAAUAUAAGUAAUCAUAUCCAAUGAAAUUCUGUAUUUCUGAGUAUUUUUAUAGUCGUUUUGUUCUUGUGUGAAUUUUAAUGCUAUCCCUAUGUUAAUCCUAAUAUUUUAAAAUCAUACAAUACAUAAGAAAAAUGUAGUAGUAUAUAUUUACUCCUAAUUUCAGAUUUCUGGUCAGAAUUAUUAAAUAUCUUGAAUGUAAUUUAUUGCAAAGUUUAAGUAAUGUGUAAAUGUGACUAGGAUAUUGUGUUUUUCAAAACUGAGAAAUGUUAUGUGGAAAUAAAUAUUUAUCCUAAC